AUGUUGGCGCAAGCAGCUUGGAUGCUGAGAUUGCCAGUUAUGUGUUCUGGAGCGGCCGCUGGCAGCUUAGACGCUGCGCUGGCAGAUGCGCUCGGGGGCUCGGAGGCUGGCGGGGCGGAUGGCGACCCUCAGGGGGCCGAUCUUGAUCAAGCAAUGGCGGUGGUGCCCGUCGCAGUUGAUGACGGAGCUCUGUUGGCCCCUCCGUCGCAGCUCGACCUCGCCGUGGGCUCGCCUUCCCCCUCUGAUCUGGACGCCGCGGUGGAAGAGGCGUUGCAAAGUCUCAUGGAUCAGAACGUCGAGCUCGGUUAUGGCCUGUUGAAAAGCUUGUUCAAUCGGUACGGCCGCGCGUGCAUGUCCGACGGCGACGGCCCCAUUGCACGAGCGGAGCGGUCACUUGGCCCCGUGACAGAGGGCUCUCACAGGACAUGCAGGCUGCAUAUGGCCCAAGGCGUCCAGGAGAGAAGUGUUGGCACAAUAUUCGACGGCGUCCUGGUUUCACAAUACCAUUUGGCAAAGGUGUUUGAGGCUCCUGGGAGCAAGAGUGAUUUCAAAAUAAUACUACGUCGGGUCAUCCCGGGCAGUUUCAGGUUUAAGUGCGGCGUGACACCUCUUGACGCGCACCUUCAUCGCCAAGCUGUGGCAGGCGUGUUCCUGCCUGUAUCCACCGCAAACAUUGCUCUGCAGAGGGCGCGCAUGGUGGCUCUCAAAGUUGCAAAUGGGGACUGGAGGAGACCAGGCGUGUUCGAGGUGUACACGUCGGAUUUCAAUUCUUCUGAGGCCGAGCUUCGCUUCUGGGCAAUCAAGCACUUCGCCAACGCAAUCAUGCAGCUUGGCGUGCGCGGGCUAUGGCAGCGAGCCUUCAUCGUUUACGCUGAGGAACGUGUUGCGCUCGAAGCCCAUCCUCGUGCCGACGACCGCCGCGCGAUCUUGGAUGUUCUGGGGCGCGUGGCGGAUGCGGAUGCUCCAAGUGGCUCGGCGGGUGCGCCCGCAAAGUUUUCGGAGGGGCCGAAUCGGGAGCUCGCGCAACCGCCAGAUAAGUUUUCCGGGAAGGCUGGCGCUGACGCUGCGGCAUUCGAUCGCAAGGCUAUGGCAUAUCACUUGAAGGAGGGUUGGAGAGCAUGCAGUGACAAGUCACUCCCGCAGAAUAUGCUUCUCCUAUCGGUGUUUAUAGAUCCCCAGCAAACGCAUAUGUAUCGCAUCCUGGACAAGACGAGUACGGAUGCUCAGGAGACGCAGUACGUCAGGGCGGCGGUUUCGGUUUCUUCAAGUUCCAGUGUCACUGGUAUCACUAAUAUCCUCGCAUCGCCGCGCCUUCAGUCGAUGGUGAAUGGUGAGCUCGAGGAUGCGUUUUUGAAGAGCGUGAGCCACUUGUUGUCGAGCACGGGCAUGGAUCAGUGGUCAGCACUCCCACCUGGGUCCAUCCCGCGUGGGGCGAACCUAUCAGCUUUCAAAGUAAUUGCGGCCAUCGGUGCAGUUGUAGUGGAAGAUGUACUUUCGAUGAUUUUAACACACCCUAUGCGCACUUAUUGGCUUGCUUUCGAAAGCAUCCGGAAUGUGGACCACGCCUACAUGGGCAAACCAUUGAAGGCCACGUCGAGAUGCAUGCUGGGCUCCUGGACGAUUGGGUUACUCGAGACGUGCGGCGACGACGUCGAGGCCGAGGCCGAUACAGACAACUCGAGGCCUGAGAACAUGCGCGCCUGGGUCCGAAGGUGCAUCAUUCGAGGUGCUGAGCAGACGUGCCCCGCCCACGUGGAGUUCAUCAGCAGCCAACGCGAGAAGCCCGACGCCGAUGCCGACUCACGCGUGCAUCCCGACGAUGAGCCCGGAGAAUCUGAUCCCGUGCCUAAGAAAAGUGGCGGCGCUUGUCGCGCGUACUUCAGCGAGCAGAUCGCUCAGAGAGUAUCGUCUGUGAGAAGUACGCAUCGCCACUACAAGGUACUGAAGGCCGCAGCUCUGACGGACUGGGGCGUGCGGCACCGCCUCAUGCGACAUGCCUUUUGCGAUGUGUUGCCCGACAGGCCACCGCCCCGAAACUAUUGUCUCGAGGCGGGGAUGUUCGUUUGCCAGGGGCCUGGCGCAACGGCAGCCUUGCACGUCCAGCAGUGGGAGUGCGUUGUCAAGAACGUGUUCCCUGUUGCAGCCCAGCGACAGCACCUUCAAACAGCGUCCUUUUGUCAAGUCCUCAUCGGUGAGGGCCCGUUGCAGAUGCAGCGCGGACCUGACGAAGCAGCACAUCCUGACGGUGAAGAUCCAGAUAUAAUCCGCAUCGGGCUCUGGAGUUGCAUCGCUCGGCAUGGUCUGAACCCGUGGAAGGCCGUGCUGGUGCCCGCAGACACGGACAAUUCAUCGGGCGACGAGGUGAUCCACAUCACCAUGCAGGCGAAGUGGGAGAGGAGGCAUUUCUAUUUCAGGGAUCUGCUUCGCGAUUUCGGCGAGGACACAUUGUGGAGCGUUCGGCUCUACGAGUUCGUCGGCGGGGCAGACCGCGUGGUGGGGGUCAUGGAGGUUCUGCAGGUGUCGAUGUUGACGUGGAGUCAUCCUCUAGCGACGGCGACCCCGACCGCAUGUCUGACGAGAAGGCUUCCGAAGGCAUUGGCGGCCCUGUGCCUGGUGGAGGGGCAGGCGGCGGCGUUCAGGGGUCAGGUGGAGGCGGGGUCGGAGGAGGUGAUGGAGUGCAAGGCGGCGCAGGCGCAGGACCGCUAUGUUCCACGUUCGGUGUACCAAAGGUUGGUGAACAAACACGGGGCUCAGCGCAACUUGACCAUCGCGCUGAGGCGGCGGAUGAAGAUGUACGAGCGGACUCUCAAGCGGCUUCGCGACACCAUGGGGCGCCAGCGCACUCGGAUCAACAGGGCUCUCAACCAGCCGUGGGCCGCUUACCAUAACCACCCGGGGUCCACGUUGAGGCUUGAGGUGGUCAUAGACGAUCUUCCCGAUCACCUCGAGGGCCACCAGAAGUUGCAUAUUACAGCUGAGAUCAAAUUCGUGUCCAGGAUCCCCGUGUUUAGGGCCUCGGCGUUCGGCCCCGUGGCGAGCCCCGCUAUGCAGGCAGAGUUGCAUGAUGCGCUGCGCGAGGACGGCGCCCAGCCGCCCUUUGAGGAAGACUCUGCCCCCGCCGCGCAGUUCCAGGAGGGCUCUUUGGUUGAGGCGCGUAGGGCGCUGGGAAAAGGAGGCGACCAGAUCGGCCCGAAGCAGGAGUUCGGGCUGCCGCCCCAGCCCGUCGACGGGAAACCUCCCAAGAAGAAACCCAAUAUCGGCUGCGGCAUCUGCGGCGAGAAGACGAAUUCCAUGGAGACAGCGUGUAAGUGCGGGAAGUGCUCUGGGACGCACAAGUUCGCGUCCCCUUUCUGGGGCUGGGACACGUUGACCGACCAGUACCACAGCAACGAGAAAGUGAAGGCUGGCUUUGACAACUCGCACCACAUUCUGCACAAACAAGAGAGCGACGUGAUCGCUUACUACAAGAAGCCGCCGAGUGAGAUCGACAUGAAACCCACGAACAUUGUGGACCAGAGCGGCGCCCUCAGGAACGUCUUCGUGCAGGUGAGCCCUGACCAGCCGCACACCGUCGUGAACAUCUACCGCCGCAGGGAGCUCAACCAUUCCAUGCUGGCGAUGCCUACAGGGCCGACGGAGGCGGCGAGCGUCCACAAGGCGACCGACCCAGGCGAGCCCAGGGGCCCGCCAGCCUCCACGCCUGUGAAGAUGAACGCGUCUGCUCUGUCGCAGCUCGAGGGCUCCUCCUGGACCACUGGCCGCAGGCACGCUAUGCACAAUUGCAAGAUCCACAGACUGCUGGCGGGGAAGAAGGUGGGGCACACGGUGCGCCAGCUCAGGGACAACGCGAGCAAGCAUACGGAUGAUCCAGACCACAGUGUGGCUUCGACGUGGUUGAACCUGGCGGAGAGGUGCAAGGUUGCUGGCGACCAGAAUGCGAAGAUCAGCAGGGCGAUGAACGGCGACGAGUUGGCGAAACUCGCAGAUGAUAUCGACAAGAACGUCCCCAGAGUCCCCGUGGGGUUCCAGCGCGCGUUGUGGGAGAGGGCGCUGGAGGACUGGAAGAAUGACCAGGAGUGGGGGUCCAAACCAGGACAGGCGAUCGCUAUGUGUUUGCCGUGGCCUCGCGAGAUCGGAGACGUUGAUUAUGUUGUUAAGUUCGAGUGCGCGGCCCGGGCUCUAGCGUUGGUGAUUCUGCUUGUUCCAGAGAAGGCUGCGAAAUUCAAGGGCUACCUGUGCAAGAUCACCCUUUCGCGCUUCUUGCACCUCGGGAAGGAUGGGCACCAAAGGACCGUGGAGUUCGUUGCCGCUGCGAUGGGCGCAAUCAAGGCGAUGCCGAUGACCUGCGAGAUCGAAGUCGAUAGCGCUGCUGCUGAGGUCGCGGCGGUAUUGCAGCUGAUGAGCGCGCUUGGGCAGCAGGCCGAAGAUGCGCUACACCUGGCGGCAGUGGAGCAGCUGGGCAAAUCUAAGUCCACUGCGGUCGAAGGCGCCGUCUACGCCGUCGUGUCGAAUGAGCCGUGCUGGAAGGUGAAGCUCAAGGACUACUUGAAGUUCUCUCCCGGGGUGAAGAAGUGGCGCCCUAGCAUGAGUAAGCAUUUGGCAGCCCUGCAGUCCGAGGAGCCGCCGACUUACAAUGCCCCCAGUAGCAUCAUGAAGGUAUCGCGCGGUGCCCUGGGCCGCUUCUUCGAGCGCAUCGGUGCCCAUGUGAAUGAUGACCCGCGCGAGGCAACCGACGAGUUCAGUGAUAAUGUAGAGGCUCUCUCGCAGAUGGCGGCUGCCAUCUUCGGCUUUCGCUCGGCCUGGUCUGAGGCAGUGGGUGCGAUCAACUCUUGCAGGUCUCGUAGUGCUGGGAAGAACCUCGUCGUGCAUUUCUGCGGUGAGCUUGGAGUGUUCAACUUAGACAUCCUCGUCUAUGGAUUGUCUCAGUUUGGCGAGGCCGAGGGCCCGGGGGAUCUAGUUCCAGAGCCGCCCAUGCAGCAGCUCAUUUCUUUCGCGAAACAGGCGGUGGAGUGGGUCGCGAAGAAGAGGGGCAACUCCCUCGAUGUCUCUCGUGAUCCGCUGUUCGAUUCUUCGCUCAGGCGGGUUUCCACAGCAAGCGCGUGGCAGAAGUGGUCAUGCGUCUCUCCCGUGGGGUCUGGUUUCAAGUCCUUCGAGCAGUUGGUUGGCAGAGCGAAGUUGGCAAAGACCUUAGUGGGGGCAAUGGCGACCAUCGUGCCGCGAGACCCGAGCGGCGACUUCUCUGACGCCGACGCCGCCGCUGCCCCCGAUCACUCAGUUGAUGCUAUCUUGGCCCUGCUCACGCAGUGCGAGGCAUUGAAAGAGGCGGCCCCCGAGGGCGAUGCAGCUGUAAUGAAUGAAGCGUUCAUGGAGGCGCUGGCGGCAGAGUCGGCGAUGCUCCUGUCUGAGAGCGCGAGCGUACUGCUGGGCAAGCUCAAGGAUGGUUUACUGGACAGAGACUGGCGCGACGGGGUCAGCCCUUCGAUUGCCUUCGACGCCUUGCUUGACAUUGCGGGUGACUUCCUCAAGGGCAUGCCCCGCGACCCCCUCAAGGCUGAAGUCGAAGCGCACAUGCAGCUGAAGAACGAACUCGGCACUCUCACUACAAAGUUCAACAUCUACGUGACUAACAGCGCCGAGGUGGACCUCGCCUUGGCAAGCUUGCAGCGUGCUGCGACGACGGUGCUCGAGUACGCCGUUGUCUACGGAGCGAGCGAAAUCAAAGGCAACGCUGUUGUGCACAAGAAAUAUCUCAUGACUGUGGAAAGGAACAGGCAGAGUUGGGGCGUGGAAAAACUGUUCGAGCCAGUGCAGCUCGCCAUGGACAAGGGCAUCGCUAUGCAGAAUUACAUGGCAGCGCGUGUUGCAGCUCACCAGAAAGCGUACACGGGCCCGGUACUUAUACGUGAAGUUGCGGACAAGGGGCCUGGGGGCAUUGCGCUCCACUCGAAUAAGCACGUGCAUUGUUGCCAGACUUUCUGGAAAGCUGAUUUUGGGAGCGAGUCCGUGGAGCAAAAGGCUGCAGGUGAAGCGGCGCUGGUGGGUUACAACGUUCCUGAUGAAGAUGGGAAUGAGGCGCAGACUGAGCAGGCGUCAGACGAGGAGGCUGUGCUUCAGGGGGACGUGCACAAGUUGAGCGCAAAUCAGAGGCGCGCCUUAUUAUGCCUCGGGGAGGCUCGUCAGCAUUCACGGUUCAAGCUCAAGCAAAUCUCCUUGAGUUUCAGUGGCGCGUCCGUCUUCUUCUUCUCGCCCAGCCGCAAGGACGGAACACCCAUGCCGUCAUCAGUGCUGAAAUUCGACGUUGCUGCCAACGUGAAGGAGGAGAUCGAGUUGACCGAGCGGUACGGGAAGUUGUUUGGCUUGACAACUCCGAAAGUUAAGGAUUCUCAAUUUCUUGAAGACGUCUCCGAAGACGAACCAUGUGCUGUCAUGCAGAUUGACCUAUGCGGUGGCAUAUUUGGUCUUCCCGAGUUUGCUUCUGCCCCACCUGUGCUCACCUUUGCGUCAGUAAUCCAGGGUGAGUUUACUUCGGGGAAGCGCCAGACUGAUGUGGUGCCCAUCGUCAACGAGGCCCUGACCCGACGUAUGCUUGCCUUCACGAUGUCUACGCGUUCCGUCAGGAAGGAGAAUCUAGCCAAGAUGUACAAGAUUGUCCGCUUUGUCGGCCACGGCAUCCUCAAUCGAGCUGUGGAGGGUGCGAAACGUAGCAAACACAAUGCUGCAUUGGGCAUCGGGUUUCUGACGCCACCCGACAUCGAUGACCUAGAUCCCGAAGGCAAGUUCGUCAGUGAGUUGUGCGGCAAACGUUCUACCAUCAAGCGCUUCUUCCAAGAGUUCAUUGAGCAGGAGCAGCGAUUCAAUAAAAAGUUUGACCGGCAAAUAGUUUGUGGCUUGGCGCACAACGAUUUGCACGGCGGGAAUCUACUGCUCGACUCACAAGGGCUAGUCUGGCUGAUAGAUUUCGCGACCGUGAAGGACAACGUCCACGUGCUCAUGGACCUCUCAAAAUUCCUUGCGUCUUGCCUCUUCUUGUAUCUGGAGGAUAAUGUGAACGAGUCGCACAUCCAAACGUUUGCGAAGCUGCUGUUCGCUACACCCGAUGCCACAACAGCGCUGCCUUUAAUCGGAGGGGAGCAGCUCAAGAGCGAUCCGACGGCCACGUUUGUGCUUGAGCUGCUGACACGCAUCAGGCACUGUCUCUGCAUCUACGAGAUUGGUGACGACGUCCCAGACAACGACGGCGUUCCAUUCGCUUUAGCUUUCUUCUCGUGGUCGGCGCGAAUGCUGUCAUACAGUGAGCCGAGCAUGCACCAGAAGACCCGUGCUUCUUUCUUUGCCCUUGCAGGCGCUCAGCGAGUGAUGUGGGAAGCUGGCGUUGACGUCGGACCCACAGCGCUGGAGUGGAUUGAACAGUACCGCACAGUCUGGGAGGGCCAGAAAGGCCGCCGACUGAGUACCAGUGCGACACACGUGCAGGUUGCUUCUUUCGAGUUUGAAUCUGACUUUCCUAGGUAUUUGGCGCAAAUUGGGACAGCGGAGGCGUGGUCCACUGACUUCCUCACCCGCGAGAAAGUACACGUGACUGACCAUUGUAUCAAAGUGGACGUGAAGUUCAGUGGGCGCAUUUUCCCGCGUAGCCUACAGCUGCCGAAGAGCGUCAAGAUUGUCUGCGAGAAGUUGCGCAUGGUCCACCAGCAGUAUCUACCAGAAGUGCUGAGUCAAGAAAGAUAUCAGGGUCGGGUAUUCGUGAUUGGCGAUUCUGGGAGCGGGAAGACUCUCAUGACGAAGCAGCUUUUCUCGGAAGUGGCACAGCAACAGCUGCUCGGCAUCCGCGAUGAGCCAGGAGACAUGGCGGGUACCACGAGAAUCAGCGGCAUGAACCUCAUCCCCGUCCGGACUCCACUAAUCGACUUGGCUAGGCAGCUUGAGGCUAAUCCGGACCUGCCUCUGGGGGCCGACCCGAUCUGCGACUUGCUAUCCGAGUGGAUGCAAAGAAAGCAUGGCCACGAUUCCAUCCCGCACAAGCUGGUCUAUACUGUGCGAAAUUGGUGCCUUGGUGCUGCUGACCGCGCGUCCAGGAGGACAUCUGUUCUUUCGGCAUCGGAAGGAGAAGAUGCAACACGCGAGAAAGCUAUCGGAGACCCCCAGCAUUCAGAAGACAUCAAGGCGUUGUUUUUGUUGUUCGAUGGUCUGGAUGAGGCAGCUUCCUCUCGGCUACAGGUGCUGGAAUUCAUCCGGUCGAUACUGCAAAGCGAGCCCUCACACAUUUGUGUUCUCACAUCGAGGCCAGGUAAUUUGGGACCCUCGGAGUAUGACUUGCUCGCGUCGCUGGCUUUCGUCUCGUUCAGGAUGGGUGCUUUGACUCUCCCACAGGCUGAAGACGUUGUGCAGCGUACACUUACACGCGCUCAAGAAGCGCAUGAGACGAUCAGCGCCAUCCGAAGCAGUGUGUCUGAUCCGGGCUAUUCCUCCCUCAGGGAGAAUCCCCUCAUUUUGACAUUGCUCAUCCAUGUUCUUCGGAAGUUCCACUCUCAGAGUACAGAAGGCAAGAGUCUUCCACUGACAGAUGACCGUGCACGAAAGGAUGUCAUGAAGAAGACUGAUAUCUACCAGCGUGCUGUGAAGCUCAUGUUGCAUCAAUCUGAUGCUGCAAAGUUCGCAAUGCGGGAUGGAGCCAAUGACCAAGCGAUGGUUCGCAGGCUAGAGAUGUUGAAGAGCGUACGGGCACGACAGCUAUUCCAGUCAGUGUCGUUUCAUUUGCACCAAUUGAGGCUGCGUUCGACUUCCUGGACAGGCAUAGAGCAGGCCUCAGACGACAAUGGUAUGAUCGUGGUGCUGAAGGAUGCGUUUCAGCAGGGGCGCAUGCCCAUCUUAGAGAAAGUUGAAGUGUUCGAUGCGGAGCCUGAGGUGCAGCUUACGCACCUGUCAUUCCAGGAGCUGAUGGGCGGUGAGUAUUGCGCGGCGAUCGUUUGCCAUGCUCAUUCUCAGAAGAAAAUGCGAGCAUACGUAAACUCCAUCCUAUCUAGCAGUUCGCAGUGUUUGGACCGCGAGCGGCUGUCCGAGAGCUGGUGGCUCCAAGUGUGGUUCCACGUCUUUGAGAUGCUGGACUCAGAUGUUCUCGAGCAGUACUGCGCGAUCUUGGCCGAGGACGAGCGUGCACUCUUGAAGGUAGGGAGCAUGGCUCUUUCAUUCAGCUGCAGCCACCCUCUGGGCUAUCUUAUCCUUGACAAGGCGAUUCAUGGUACACCAAUGGACCACCGGCCCUGGGUGGGAGACGGUUCCGGGUAUAUGAUCGCUGCAAUCCAUUGGGACGAAUACGAAACGGAUGUAGUCUGGGAUGACAGGGACUGCAACAAGAGGUGGUUUCAUGGUAAUUUUUUUCUUGCCCGGGUCAUGGUCCCAACUCUGGUUGACAGCAAUUGUUGGCGCCUAGAUGGCGUCGGCACAUUGUUGAGGCAUGCGGCCAGUCUGCCCGACUUAGAGGUCUUAGACACAUUGCUUUCUAAGGGCGUCCACCCAUGCCUACUCUCUGAUGAGGGCCAUUCUCUCUUCGCGCUUGCCAGCAUGGGCAAGAAGUGGCAGGCAGUUCGCAUCCUACGUGAGCAUAGGAAUGAUUACGAUUUCAUGAACUGGAUCACUCACAAUACUUGGUGGCACUGGGCUUGCGGGCGUGAAGACCCUGGCUUUGUGAAGGCAUGGGAUAUGAACAGCACCUUGGACCAGCUGGCCGGUUUCAAGCCGUAUGGCACUUUGCAAAAAGCCUGGGAUGGGACGUUGAGUAUUGCUGAUGAUGUGGACGUGAAUUUCGCGGAUCCUACAACAGGCCUAACUCCUUUAAUGCUUGCUGCGUCAUGCGGCAGGGUGGAGGUCGUGCACGCCCUCAUAAUGCACAGGGCUUCGGUGAACGCCGAGAGUGCAGAGAAGUGCACCGCGCUCUCAAUGGCUGCAGACAUGGACAAUGGCGAUGAAGGCUUGGAGUGCAUGAAGCUGCUCAUCAAUGCCCGUGCCGACGUCCACGCCAAAGUCGGGAUGACCAUGAAGCGACCUUUUUGGAAUCUCACGGGCCAGGAGAACAGCAUUCUGGCCGGACCAGCGCAGGCUGGAUAUUUUGACAAGCUGAAGCUUCUUCUCGAGAGUCGUGCUGAUCCCAAUUCGCCAAACAAUUUGGAUUUCGCUCCGCUGAUCCAGUGUGUUCGGUCGAACAAUGCGGAUUGUGCCAAGCUUCUCGUUGAGCAUGGAGGUGAUUUUUUCAGAUGGUCCAGUAAGCUCAUUUCGCUGCAGCACAAACCAGGCCUUCUCAUGAACUACAACACACGCUGCAACUAUAUGAGCUGGAGCCCAGGUGCUGACGCUGUCCAUGCUUGGUAUAUGUAUGCAGCGGAGAACAAGGACAUCCUCCGCCUCGCGUUCGGGCUUGGCAUGGACGGGAAUGCCUGCUUUUACUCUGGACUUGCAGGCAACACAUGGCUUCCGAAAGCAGGUUACAAUCUCACGAAUGAUUACUGGUUCUUCGUAGAAGGCACCUCUGCUACAUUUGAGCUCUAUGUAAAGCAUGGUCUGGACAUCAACAGGCCUUCGGGCCCCAUGCGGCUGAACCUCCUGAUGAUAACAGGCUGGUCUUCCAACAAUGCGGCGAUCCUUACGCAUAUGCUGGAGAACUGCCCAGAUCCUGACGAGGCCCUGGCGUACAAGUCCAAAUUCCUGGGGAGCUUGGAGGACGGCGCAAGGAUUAUCGGGCUUGCAGCUAUCGUGGAAGCCAUCGAGGACUUCAAGCGCAAGCGGGCGGAUCAGGAAGAUGCGCUCGGGGGCUCGGAGGCUGGCGGGGCGGAUGGCGACCCUCAGGGGGCCGAUCUUGAUCAAGCAAUGGCGGUGGUGCCCGUCGCAGUUGAUGACGGAGCUCUGUUGGCCCCUCCGUCGCAGCUCGACCUCGCCGUGGGCUUGCCUUCCACCUCUGAUCUGGGCGCCGUGGUGGCAGAGGCGUUGCAAAGUCUCAUGGGUCAGAACGUCGAGCUCGGAUAUGGUCUUGUGAAGAUGGCUGUGGUAGACGUGUUCUUGCCUGUAUCCACCGCAAACAUUGCUCUGCAGAGAGCGCGCACGGUGGCUCUCAAAGUUGCAAAUGGGGACUGGAGGAGACCAGGCGUGUUCGAGGUGUACACGUCGGAUUUCAAUUCUUCUGAGGCCGAGCUUCGCUUCUGGGCAAUCAAGCACUUCGCCAACGCAAUCAUGCAGCUUGGCGUCUUUGCCUUUCCACGGUCUCGGUGGACGAAGGCCCGAGAAUCAAUCGGAGUGAUGGGCUUCCUGAUGCAGGGUGGAAAAAAAGGUGGUGGUUGCGUUGGCUUACCGCUCGUGUCCAUCGAGAAGGCUGGCGCUGACGCUGCGGCAUUCGAUCGCAAGGCUAUGGCAUAUCACUUGAAGGAGGGUUGGAGAGCAUGCAGUGACAAGUCACUCCCGCAGAAUAUGCUUCUCCUAUCGGUGUUUAUAGAUCCCCAGCAAACGCAUAUGUAUCGCAUCCUGGACAAGACGAGUACGGAUGCUCAGGAGACGCAGUGCGUCAGGGCGGCGGUUUCGGUUUCUUCAAGUUCCAGUGUCACUGGUAUCACUAAUAUCCUCGCAUCGCCGCGCCUUCAGUCGAUGGUGAAUGGUGAGCUCGAGGAUGCGUUUUUGAAGAGCGUGAGCCACUUGUUGUCGAGCACGGGCGUGGGUCAGUGGUCAGCACUCCCACCUGGGUCCAUCCCGCGUGGGGCGAACCUAUCAGCUUUCAAAGUGAUUGCGGCCAUCGGUGCAGUUGUAGUGGAAGAUAUACUUUCGAUGAUUUUAACACACCCUAUGCGCACUUAUUGGCUUGCUUUCGAAAGCAUCCGGAAUGUGGACCACGCCUACAUGGGCAAACCAUUGAAGGCCACGUCGAGAUGCAUGCUGGACUCCUGGACGAUUGGGUUACUCGAGACGUACGGCGACGACGUCGAGGCCGAGGCCGAUACAGACAACUCGAGGCGUGAGAACAUGCGCGCCUGGGUCCGAAGGUGCAUCAUUCGAGGUACUGAGCAGACGUGCCCCGCCCACAUGGAGUUCAUCAGCAGCCAACGCGUUCUCCGUAAUGAGAAGCCCGACGCCGAUGCCGACUCACGCGUGCAUCCCGACGAUGAGCCCGGAGAAUCUGAUCCCGUGCCUAAGAAAAGUGGUGGCGCUUGUCGCGCGUACUUCAGCGAGCAGAUCGCUCAGAGAGGUCAGGUCGGGUUCAGUGUGCUGCGCAGCGGGUGCAGGGACUUGAGUCCAGAGUCGUUGGCGCGCUACGCUGAAAGAGUGCGGGAAUCGGAACCCUUCGGCAUGGGCGCCUGGAAGGCGAACAAGAUGAUGCGCCGUGCCGAUGCGUCGGGCGGCCUUGCGCGCUUGGACCAGGAGAAGGGGAUGUCGGAAUCGCUGGCGCUGCUAACCAGCUCAAGUUCCAACGAGCGCCUGGACAGCGUGGCUCGCGCAUCCGAGUGCCGAUGCCGACCCCGGAAGUUCGAGGAUGCCGUUGGGGCCAAGCUCAAGUCUGAUACUUUCCCGCUGGCCCGCGCAGUAUCGUCUGUGAGAAGUUCGCAUCGCCACUACAAGGUAUUGAAGGCCGCAGCUCUGACGGACUGGGGCCAGUGGGAGUGCGUUGUCAAGAACGUGUUCCCUGUUGGAGCCCAGCGACAGCACCUUCAAACAGCGUCCUUUUGUCAAGUCCUCAUCGGUGAGAGCCCGUUGCAGAUGCAGCGCGGACCUGACGAAGCAGCGCAUCCUGACGGUGAAGAUCCAGAUCUAACCCGCAUCGGGCUCUGGAGUUGCAUCGCUCGGCAUGGUCUGAACCCGUGGAAGGCCGUGCUGAUGCCCGCAGACACGGGCAAUUCAUCGGGCGACGAGGUGAUCCACAUCACCAUGCAGGCGAAGUGGGAGAGGCGGCAUUUCUAUUUCAGGGAUCUGCUUCGCGAUUUCGGCGAGGACACAUUCUGGAGCGUUCGGCUCUACGAGUUCGUCGGCGGGGCAGACCGCGUGGCCGCUAUUCAUCCCGCCAAGCAAAUGGCGCGACGAUUCGGUGGCCAUGGCCCUAUUCGGUAUUGGAGUGGCCGAGAUGACCUCUCCAAGCUCAGCGCCUUCCUCCGUCGGCGGCAAAAGAAACGAAACGCGUAUUCAGACGGCAGGGGGCGAGUUGGCGACGACGGAGACGGCGGAGAUAGUGGUGGCGACGGCAACGACGAGGGAGAGGAGGGUGGUGAACCCGAACGUGCUAGUCAUGAGGAACUGGAGCCGCCCACCGACCCCGAGUCCGACGAUGACCGCGGAGGCGGCGGAGGCGGCGACAGCCAGUGCGUGCCAGCUCCCAGCAUUCACCCCGAAUCAUGCAUAUAUGAUCUCCUCUGGUAUAGCGGUAGCGGCAGUUGCGUGGAGGGCGGAGGUGGGGGUCAUGGAGGUUCUGCAGGUGUCGAUGUUGACGUGGAGUCAUCUUCUAGCGACGGCGACCCCGACCGCAUGUCGGACGAGAAGGCUUCCGAAGGUAUUGGCGGCCCUGUGGAGGCGGGGUCGGAGGAGGUGAUGGAGUGCAAGGCGGAGGGGUAG